AUGCUGUUUCGCAAAAGCGACAGCGUUGUGGAGAAAAUGGUGUCGAAAUGGUUGGCGAUUUGUCUCUAUGAUUCGAUAUCCCAGUAUCAAGCACAUAAGUACAGCACUUUAUUCAAGGCCUUGAAAUAUCAAACUGAAAGAGGUCCUGUGGAUGCUGUCACCGGUAAUGCUCGAUACACGAUUAAUGAGGCAAAACUGCUGCGGGAGAUCGUCGACUGCUCUUCAGUGGACUGCCUGGUGAUGACACUUGACGGUUGUGGUCCGUUCACUGUGCGAGCCAUUGCCUGUGAUACGAUCUCUCAGCUGAAGCAGAAGAUUCUCGAUCACAUCUAUAAACGAACCCCUCAUAGUCAGCGACCGACAAUGGCCAGUUUCGAUUUGGGUGCAGUUACUGUGUCCAACACGAGGACGGUUAAUGUUGUCAGAUUGGUCAGGACCAUGUCCGUCAUCGAUGAAAGGUCCUACCAAGCUCAAUACUCUGUCUCACUAUGGCAUCUCCAACCAAUCUCGUAUCGUGAUGGUUCCAGCAGAGAAGAGUUCAACAGGUUAACGAGACGAUCGUUGGCCGAUUCUGGUAAGUCGUCAUGGUCGUCGUUGGAUCGGUUCGUCUCCUGUCUAUCCGCCGAGUCGUUUCUGCCACUUGUCCAGUCCAUCGCGAACGCUGACAAUGGAAAAACGAAAGAAAAUCGACGAAAGUAUUCCGAAAUCAAUUCCAGAGGUUUACCUCACCCGUCUUCUAACCAGACAUUUCUUUGCAGCAAAGGUACUGUGCAGAAGUAUAUCGAAGAUUUUCUGGAAUCAAUAAUGUUCCUCGAAUGCUCUACAUAUCCGCCGAUACUGAAACGUGUCUUCGACUUAUUGGAGGAGGAAGCAACUCGAAACAGGGUGAGCAUUCUUGCAGGACGACUGGAUUAUACGAAUCUGUACAUUCUGCGAGUAUGGGUGCAUCUGAUCAAAAACCCAAAAAUUCUUCUUGAUGUGUCGGAAUCCAUCAGUCAAGACGGCAACUUAUCCGUCGUCGCUCAAACGCUGGUUCGUUACAAAUAUCUGCGUCAAAACCUUAUGUCGAAAUUUAAUCAACUUAAAAUUCAGAUGGAUUGUUUCUCUUUCUCUGAGCAAUCUCUGGGAGCACAUCACCAGUUCUCGCUUGUUAUUCGCAAAGGAGGGGGUAGCUCGCUUCGGCGCUGGUCCUCAGAGCUGUUCCGAGUAAUACGGGCGACACCGCCCGUUUCGAAGAGGUGCUCGCUGCUGACGACGUCUGCACAGCUCAACGAUUACCAUCCCGGUUAUCUCAGGUUAUCAACUUGUCGCUAG